GCCGCGGGCAGCGGGCAGCGGGCGGCGGAGGCAGCGCGCCGCGGUCGCCGGGAGCUGGGAGCCCCGGGCGCCCGCUCCUCGGCGCAGCAUGUUCCAGCCGGCGCCCAAGCGCUGCUUCACCAUCGAGUCGCUGGUGGCCAAGGACAGUCCCCUGCCCGCCUCGCGCUCUGAGGACCCCAUCCGUCCCGCGGCGCUCAGCUACGCCAACUCCAGCCCCAUAAACCCGUUCCUCAACGGCUUCCACUCGGCCGCCGCCGCCGCCGCCGGCAGGGGCGUCUACUCCAACCCGGACUUGGUGUUCGCCGAGGCGGUCUCGCACCCGCCCAACCCGGCCGUGCCCGUGCACCCGGUGCCGCCGCCGCACGCCCUGGCCGCCCACCCCCUGCCCUCCUCGCACUCGCCACACCCCCUCUUCGCCUCGCAGCAGCGGGACCCGUCCACCUUCUACCCCUGGCUCAUCCAUCGCUACCGAUAUCUGGGCCACCGCUUCCAAGGGAACGACACAAGUCCGGAGAGCUUCCUUUUGCACAACGCGCUGGCCCGCAAGCCGAAGCGGAUCCGAACCGCCUUUUCCCCGUCCCAGCUUCUGAGGCUGGAACACGCCUUCGAGAAGAACCACUACGUGGUGGGCGCAGAGAGGAAACAGCUGGCGCACAGCCUCAGCCUCACGGAAACUCAGGUAAAAGUAUGGUUUCAGAACCGAAGGACGAAGUUCAAAAGGCAGAAGCUGGAGGAAGAAGGCUCAGAUUCGCAACAAAAGAAAAAAGGGACGCACCAUAUUAACCGGUGGAGAAUCGCCACAAAGCAGGCGAGUCCCGAGGAAAUAGAUGUGACCUCAGACGAUUAAAAACACAAACAGAACCCCUCAGAAACGGACAACACGGAGCAAAACAGAGACAGGGAGAGGAGGGGAAGAAGAAAAAACCCUACAAAACAAAAACAAACCACACACACAUUCACGGAGAAGGGGAGAGGGAGUCAGAGAGAGGGGCGGCGCGACGCAGACGCUGGGCGGCAAGAGCGCGGGGUCCCGAUCCGAGGCCGCGCCGAGAUGGCAGAGGACGGAGGCUCCUUGAUGAACACGCAACCCUUGUCUGAAGAGGCAGCUUGUGAGAGACAGACAGAGACAGACAGAGAGAGAGAGAGAGAUCCAAAGGUGGCAAAGCCGAAGGCGCUCUGACAAGGGGAGCUGUCAGUCAAAGGCCAAACCAGCGAGACAAGAUGAUUGGCAGGUAUUCCGGUUAUCUCGCAGUCCGAUUUUUUUAAAAAAAUGAUGAUGAUAAUCAUAAUGAUAAAAGAAAACCCCCAACCAGGCACAGGACUUUUUAUUUUGCACUUCGAAGUGUUUUUUCCCCCCAAUCUUUAAAAGUAAUCAGUGAUAAUAACCGUUGGGAUUCCACAUCCAGCCCCAUCCCACACCUGUUCAAAAACUUGAAUUGCAUGUAGCAGUUGUUGGGCGAAUGGUGUCUUAAGACAGAAAGUGAAUUGUAAUUUUCUUUUCCUUUUAAAGACAGGUUCUGCGUGCUUUUUAUUUUGAUUUUUUGCAAGAAAUGUGCAGUCUGUAAACACUUUUUGAUACCUUCUGAUGUCAAAGUGAUUGUGAAAAAAGCUAAAUGAAGUAGGCUCAGCGAUAGCGAUCCUCUUUCAGAGAAAUGGG